GCCAGAGUAACCGGAAGCGAGCAUGGCGGCCGCCGGGGCCGCUGCUACAGACCUAGAGGUGCUCCGGGGCAAGCGCGCCGCCCUCUACUUCGCUGCGGUGGCCAUCGUGCUGGGGCUGCCGCUGUGGUGGAAGACCACGGAGACCUACCGAGCCCCGUUGCCUUACUCCCAGAUCAGUGGGCUGAAUGCCCUGCAGCUCCGGCUCAUGGUGCCCGUCACUGUCGUGUUUACCCGGGAGUCAGUGCCCCUGGACGACCAGGAGAAGCUGCCCUUCACUGUUGUACACGAGAGAGAGAUCCCUCUGAAAUACAAAAUGAAAAUCAAAUGCCGUUUCCAGAAGGCCUAUCGGAAGGCUUUGGACCAUGAGGAGGAGGCCCUAUCAUUGGGCAGCGUGCAAGAGGCAGAAGCCAUGUUAGCUGAGCCCCAGGAGCAAGCGGAGGGCUCCCUGACUGUGUACGUGAUUUCUGAACACUCCUCACUUCUUCCCCAGGACAUGAUGAGCUACAUUGGGCCCAAGAGGACAGCAAUUGUGCGGGGGAUAAUGCACCGGGAGGCCUUUAACAUCGUUGGCCACCGCCUAAUCCAAGUAGCCCAGGCCAUGUCUUUGACUAAGGAUGUGCUUGCUGCUGCUCUGGCUGACCACCUUCCAGAGGACAAGUGGAGCUCUGAUAAGAGGCGGCCUCUCAAGUCCAGCUUGGGCUAUGAGAUCACCUUCAGUUUACUCAACCCAGACCCCAAGUCCCAUGACGUCCACUGGGACAUUGAGGGGGCUGUUCAGCGUUAUGUGCAGCCCUUCCUGAAUGCCCUCAGUGCUGCUGGCAACUUCUCUGUGGACUCUCAGAUCCUUUAUUAUGCAGCAUUGGGGGUAAACCCCCGCUUUGACCCAGCUUCCUCCAGCUACUACUUGGCCAUGCACAGCCUUCCCCACGUCAUCAACCCAGUGGAGUCCCGGCUGGGAUCCAGCACUGCCUCCCUAUACCCUGUACUCAACUUUCUACUCUAUGUGCCUGAGCUUGCCCACACCCCCCUGCACAUUCAGGACAAGGAUGGGGCUCCAGUGGCCACCAACGCCUUCCACAGUCCCCGCUGGGGUGGCAUUAUGGUAUACAAUGUUGACCCCAAAGCCUAUAAUGUCUCGGAGCUGCCAGUGAGAGUCGAGGUGGACAUGGUGCAAGUGAUGGAGGUGUUCCUGGCCCAGUUGCGACUGCUCUUUGGGAUUGCUCAGCCCCAGCUGCCUCCAAAAUGCCUGCUUUCUGGGCCUAAUGGUGAAGGGCUAAUGACCUGGGAGCUAGACCGGCUGCUCUGGGCUCGGUCAGUGGAGAACCUGGCCACAGCCACCACCACCCUAACCUCCCUGGCCCAGCUUCUGGGCAAGAUUAGCAACAUUGUCAUCAAGGAUAAUGUGGCAUCUGAGGUGUACAGAGCUGUAGCUGCAGUCCAGAAGGCAGCGGAGGAGUUGGCCUCUGGGCACCUGGCAUCUGCCUUUGUCUCCAGUCAGGAAGCUGUGACAUCCUCUGAGCGUGCCUUUUUUGACCCCUCACUCCUCCACCUCCUCUAUUUCCCCGAUGACCAGAAGUUUGCUAUCUACAUCCCACUCUUCCUGCCUAUGGCUGUGCCCAUCCUCCUGUCCCUGGUCAAGAUCUUCCUGGAAACCCACAAGAACUGGAAAAAGCCUGAGAAGAUAGACUGAGCAGGGCAGCAUCUCAGUAGGAAGCCUUCCUUUCUGGCCAGCGUGGGAGGUGUGAAAUUGAGAGGCGCAUAAAUGGGGUUUGCUGGGAAUGACUGACUUGUCUCUAGCAACCGAAGUACAACACUCCCAGAUAGGUUCAUCUUUCCUUCCCUUCCCAUUACCCUGGCUCAGGACCCCUCCUCCAACCCCCUCCUCCAGAGCCUCAGAAGGCAUGUUAUCUGGGUCUCCUUUAUUUGGCUUGAACUUGAAAGCCCCUGCCUAUCUCCCUUUGGGACAGGGGAAGCUCCUUGUACAUUUGCCCUUUUUCUCAACAUAGCAUGCUCCUGCACUGAGGGGGAGCAGUGAGGGUUGGAUUCUAGCUUCCUCCCCUUCCCUCUUUCUAACCCCUGGAGGAGAGCUCUAGCACUGUUCUCAUGGAAGGGGCCAGGUACAGGUCACCUCUGGGACCUUCUCCUUUACUCCCCUCCCUCCUGGCUGGUUGCAGGUACACCUGACAGGAGUACAGGAGGCUGUAGGUUGGGACCAGGUGCUGUGUGUGGCAGAGGUUCCCUUCAUCCUUUCUGAGAGGCAGUAUGAUACAGUGGGAAAGUUUUGGACUUGGCAUCAAACAGGCCUGAACUCAAAUCCUCGCUUCUGCACUUAUUGUCUGGGAAGCUUUGGAUAAGCCACGUAAUCUCUCUGAGCCUCAGUUUUUAUUUGUUCAAAUGGCACUGAUGAUACCUCUCUUUCGAGGUGGGUAUUAGGAUUAAAUGUGAUAAGCAUGUGAAAGUGUUAAUGGCAUAUAUUAGUCUCUUAAUAAAGAUUGGUUGAAUAGGAAUUAGAAUGAU